AUGUCCCGAGACGUACGACAGAAGCACCCGACCACACCCGUCAAGGUCGCCAAACGGCGAGGUUCCGACACCUCGUCGUCGUUGGACCUCUCCGACGACGGUGGCUACUCCGGCGUAGAAGACAUCAGCGAUUCUGAAGAUGACAACGAGGACGAUGUAAACGCGGCCGAGGAGGAGCAUAUACUCACUCAUGGAGUGCAUCAAAGCAUUCCGAGCUCCCCUCGGCCCGUCGAAGACGACGACGACGAAGGAGACGACGAGGAAGAUGAUGGCGAGGAUGACUCCGAAGGAGACGAUGACGAUGCCGAAGAGAACAGAAGUUGGAACGGCAUUGUCUCUGAGCCUGACUCCGACGAGGGUGCCAUUGAGCAGGAAGAGCAGGGAGACACUGUCAUCCAACGUCGUGUCCGUUUUGAUGUCCCUGAGUCUUCGGACGGCGAUUCAACCGAGACGGACGACGACAUCGGGAAUGAUUUCUUCCCAGAUUUGUUUGUCGAUAAGAGCACACUCGACCCUUCGUUUCGUCGUGAGAUCGAGUACGACCACGACCCCUACGAUUCCUCCGAAUUGGAUGCAUUUUGGGAUCCUGACCGCGACGGCAUCACUUUUAGUGCCGAUGCUCUCGUCGACCACACCAGCACAGAUUUCCAUGCCCUCAUGCACGCCAUGGAAGAUGAUGAUAGCACCCCUGUCGCCACGCCCAUGACACAUCAUGACUUAUCGUCGACUGCGGUUUCGACACCCGCGCCAUCACCUGAAAUAGAUGACGAAUCCCUCAACGGGUAUCAAUCCGAUGGUGACACUACCGACGAAGAAGAUCCUCCUGAGAAGCCUCCCCGACGUAAGACUCGAAGAGAGGUUGUGGAGAAUGAUUCCGACUCGGACGUUGUUACACUCCUCAGGCCUCGUCGUGGUCAGCCUCGUGUUGGACGCUUCACCCUCGACAAAUCCUACAAGAAGCCCAUUGCCAUUGUCAACCCCAGGACGGGCAAGAUGAUGAUCUUCACCCACCAAAACAUGGGAAGAGGUUUUGAUCUGUCACCUGAACAGUUCAACUUUGACGAAUUCCUUGGUCAUACCCAAUCGUCUCCUAUGUUGAGCAAUCCUGGCAACAUCAUGAUGAGUGGCAUGAUCUCCUCUAGCACCUAUGGCGAUUUCAUGAAUACCCAUGCGGUCGGUCCUGCGGAAGCCUGGUACUCUCAGACACCAGACACCAACACCAUAGAGGAGUCAUCCGAGUCUGGUGACCAACUCGUGGACGAAGAAGAGAACAAUCUCACAUUCGAAGACUUCCUCACUAUUGAUGAUUCAUCCGAAGAUGAGAAUGACGACAACGAAGGUGACGACGUCUUCCUUACUCCCGGACGUCCCACUACCUCCGGGAGUGACAUGACCUCGCUGCUCGACCAUUUCGAGCAGAACUCGAAUCUUGUCGGCGCUUUUCGCAGAGAUCAAGCGAACCAUCAGUUGAUUAGCCGUAGCAAAGCUACUCGCGAAUCGCUUGCGUUUUCUGGGCCGACGCUCGAGGGUACGCUUCGCGGCAUCAAGACCGGGAGACUUGCUACCACCAAUGUCCCCAUCUCGCCUUUGCGCAAGCAGAAGCGGAUGCCCGAAGUGGCCAGCAGCCCGUUGUCAUCCUUAUCGCAGAAGAGAAAGGCGUCGUCCGAAACCCAAUUUGGUCACAAGCGCCAAAGAAGCGUCCCGGAUGUCGAGCCGCUCAGAAUCUGA